AUGCCGAGGCAGGAUGCCGAGGAAGAGGCGGGGAGGGAUGGGAUGCUGGAUCGGGCUGGCGAGGGCGGUCCCGCCGGUGCUCCCUGCCGGGGCGGGAGUCGUCGCUGCCCGGAGGCACUGCCCGGCGGCGCAAGCGGCCUGAAGGAGUCGUCGCUGCCCGGUACCUCGCUGCAGCGGGCCUGUCGCCUCCUGGUCGCCUUUUGCGCCCUCCAUCUCUCGGCCACGCUGCUUUACUACCUGGCGGGCAGCGCCCUGGGGCCACCGGGCAACCCGGAGCCCCCUCCCCGCCGCCUUCCGCCCGCCAACCUCUCGCUGCCGUUCUCCCGCCCGCCGCUGCCGAGCGCCGCCCGCCCCCGGCCCCGCUUCGUCGGUUCCUCGUCGGGCCUUUGCCCCGAGCCUUCCCCGCUGCUAGGUGUCUGUCCCCGUGGGGCGGGUGUGACAGCGGCGUGGCUGUCCACGCGUGCCGACGGGGAUUGUGGGAGAAUCGCCGGGGAGCUCGGUGUGGAUGGGGCUGCCGAGGCACGGAUGCUCUCUCAAGGAAGGAGCCGUCGGCCAAGCCGAGACCCCCUGCCCGGCGCUGAGUGCUCCCUCCCCGUCCGGCUCGGUUUCUUUCUGGUUGCCGGCGAGGAUGGAGAAGAGGAAUUUAACCGAGCUAAGCUGCUGAAUAUAGGAUUCACAGAAGCCUUGAAAGAGUAUGACUACGACUGCUUUGUGUUUAGUGACGUAGACCUCAUCCCCAUGGAUGACAGGAACACCUACAAAUGUUACAGCCAGCCAAGGCACCUCUCUGUAUCCAUGGAUAAGUUUGGAUUUCGGCUGCCUUACAAUCAGUAUUUUGGAGGUGUGUCUGCCUUGAGUAAAGAGCAGUUCACAAAGAUCAACGGGUUCCCAAACAACUACUGGGGCUGGGGUGGUGAAGAUGACGACAUUUACAACAGGCUGGUGUUCAAAGGCAUGGGGAUCUCCCGCCCGGACGCUGUGGUCGGGAAGUGCAGGAUGAUUCGGCACUCCCGGGAUCGCAAGAACGAGCCCAACCCCGAGAGGUUCGACAGAAUCGCUCACACGAGGGAGACAAUGAACUCGGAUGGCUUAAACACGCUCUCCUACAAGGUGUUAAGGACUGACAAAUACCCUCUAUACACAAAGAUCACAGUGAUGAUCUGGGAUAUUGGCUCACCAAAGAGCUCCCAUCAGACACACAGCAGCAGAGACCUUGCCUAUGUUGCCUCUAGGACACCUGGCCUCACUGAUGCUUUCUAG